AUGUCGUCCCUUCUCCUGGGCAUGAGGAAGGUGUUCCUGGACAUGUUCCUCGUGCUGCAGCUGCUAUUACAACUCCUCCGCGGCGCCGCAGCAGACAGGGUCCCGGCGGUGAUCGUGUUCGGCGACUCGACCGCGGACACCGGCAACAACAACUUCAUCCAGACACUCCUCCGGGGCAACUACACGCCUUACGGCCGGGACUUCGCCGGCGGGGUUGCCACCGGCCGCUUCUCCAACGGCCGCCUCGCCGCUGACUUCGUCUCCCAGGGGCUCGGCCUGUCUCCCGCUGUGCCGGCGUACCUCGACCCUGGCCACGGCAUCCACCAGCUCGCGUCGGGUGUCAGCUUCGCCUCGGCUGGGAGUGGGUUCGACGAUAUAACUGCGCAAAUCUUUUCGGCAGUGACCCUGACUCAGCAGAUAGAGCACUUCAAGGAGUACAAAGAGAAGCUCCGGCGCGAGCUGGGCGGCGCCGCCGCAGACCACAUCGUCGCCCGUUCACUCUACCUCUUCAGCGUCGGCGCCAGCGACUUCCUGGGCAACUACCUCCUCUUCCCCGUCAGGCGCGGCCGCUUCACCCUACUGGAGUACGAGGCGUACCUGGUCGGCGCGGCCGAGGCGGCGGUCCGCGCCGUGUACGCGCUCGGCGCUCGGCGGGUCCGCCUCCCGGGGCUGCCGCCGCUGGGGUGCCUGCCGCUGCAGCGGACCGUCAACCUCGCGCGGCCUGGGGACUGCAACAGGUGGCACAACAUGGUGGCGCGCAGAUUCAACCGCGGGCUCCGAGCAAUGGCGAGCAGGCUCAGCCGGGACCUGCCGGGGGCGCAGGUCGUGUACGUCGACGUUUACCGUCUCUUGGCGGACAUGAUCACCAGGCCAUGGGCGUAUGGUUUUGAGAAUGCAGUGCGAGGAUGCUGCGGCACGGGAUACUUCGAGACAGGAGUGCUGUGCAGCUUGGACAAUGCGCUCACAUGCGAGGAUGCGGAUAAAUACGUCUUCUUUGAUGCGGUCCAUCCAUCACAGAGAGCCUACAAGAUCAUAGCCGAUGCAAUUGUACAUGCCGCGUCACACAGACCCGUCUAG